AAACUUAACUACCCCACUCUGCAACCCGCUCACAAGCGCAGCUCACACUGACACAGAUACUAUUGGUAUGUUUUACACAUAAUAUCGUUCCAAUUCAAUUUUGGGGUAAAAUAAUCUCUGUACGAGUUGGGAGAAAAUGUGCCUUAUAAUGUGAUGGUGUUUGUAGCAUGGUAGUUCUCCCCUGGAAUCGAGCGAACCGGAGAUAAUAACGAAAAUGUCACAACAACAGCGGGUCGUCCAACUGUCGACUGCCUCGCUCGCGCUGGUUUUUGGCAGGGACGAGGAGAGCUCAAAUGCUACCAGUGGAGGGAAAUACAACGCCAACACUGCGAACGGGCAAGACAUUUUUACGGAUUUCAAAGCACAAAAUCUGCGCAGUUUUUGGAAUAAAAGACUUGUGAAAGCAGUAGCUGAAGUUUACUUCCAAGGAUGGAUGGAGAAUUUGGUGCUGUUCGUCCAGGGUAAUGCCAACAACCUAGAGGUGCUGAGGGAAGCGUGGAUGCGCAGAGCUUUAAGGUCACCCAAAGGAUUUGUCAUCAAAGCAGUAGGUGACCUGUCUCCAGUGCAGAUGUCUCCAGUGCCUCAGUCUCAGUUCAUCCCACUAGCCGAGGUCCUCUGCUCUGUCAUCUCUGACAUGAACUCGUCCAACAUCACUGUCAACCAAGAAGCCCUCAUCAGUCACAUGACCAAGGCUCAUCCAGGCAUGACCAUCCCCACUCAGGACAUCCUAUAUAAUGCCCUGGGCUCGCUGAUCAAAGAGAGGAAGAUCUACCACACAGGGGAGGGCUACUUCAUUGUGACCCCACAGACGUACUUCAUCACCAACAGCCUGGUGAGAGAGAAAAGCUGGUGGACCUCGGGGUCUGGAGACAACGAGCUGCCCACACCUCCCCCCAUCACCUACCUGCUGAGCAACGACACCCUGGAGAGCCACCCGCAGCCCCCCCUGGUGGCCCAUUGCAAGUCCUGCAGCUGCUUUGCCCCUGCCCAGGCUGUGGCCGGCGCUGCUCCUACAGCCAGUGUGGCCGCCGUGGUUCCCCUGUCCGUCCCGGACCAGCACUCUGUCUCCGUGUCGAUUAGCGAGUGCACCGGCAAGAGUCUGAAAUGGCCUCGGGACCACAAACCUCACGUCCAGCACCAGUCCACCUCCACGGUGGCAGACUGCCAGGCCAGUGAGGUCAGUAAGGCCACCACGGCUGCCAGCGCCACCACCAACCGCAAGGACAAAGACGGCAAAGAGAGACCGGCCAGGAGGUUUGGCCUCAGCCUCUUCAGGAGGAACGGGGGAAAGAAAGACAAGGUGAAGAAAGAGUAUGCCCGGUUCUCUGGUCAGUUCCCCCCGGAGGAGUGGCCGGUGAGGGACGAGGAGGAUCUGAACAAUCUUCCCAGGGACCUGGAGCACGCCAUCAUCCGACGGAUCAACCCUGAGCUGACUGUGGACAACCUGACACGCCACACUGUACUGAUGAAGAAACUGGAGCAGAGAGGUGGGGAGAGAGGGAUGGAAACAGAAAGAAGAGGGGAGAGAGGGAUGGAAACAGAAACAGAAAGAAGAGGGGAGAGAGGGAUGGAAACAGAAAGAAGAGGGGAGAGAGGGAUGGAAAGGGAGAGAGGUUUUGAUAAGGGGGACAAGUUAGACAGAGGGGACAAAGGUGUGGACAAGGGCAUAUCCACGGAGAUCCUAAAAAGCUCCAAGCCCAAACAAAACCACUCGUCCCGGUCCGGCCUUGGGGCUGGGGGCAGGAAAUCUACCUCCAAGGCUUCUCGCAGCAAGAGAAGGACCCAUUCCUCCAGGGAGAAAAUGAGAGACCGGCUGAAGACUAAAGCCCCAAUGUGUGUGGAUGUGGAGCCUAACAGGGACGACCUGGUGCCCUCUCGCCUCAGACCAGAGUUUUCUGUGGAUGAACCGGACCACAGAGAGGAGCCAGGAGGCGUGGAGGGGAAAACCCUCUAUAAGAAACGCAUCGACAACCCCUUUGAAGGACUACCACCAGGGAAAGAUGCAGCCACAACCCAGUCUCUGGCCCCUACCAUGACCCACAAAGAGCACCGAAGGAGAGAGGGGAAGGAAGCGAAAGGGGGGAGAGAGGGGAAGACUUUGGGGGGAGGGAGGCGAGAAGGUGUGGGACACCGCUCAAAGUCCUGGGACCCGCACAAAGCCAGAAAGGUAGCUGCUGACACGGAGCAUGCUGGGAAAUCUCUCACAGCAGAAGACAGGUCUUGUGACCGUCUCGACGAGAGGGAAUUCACCACCGACAGGGGCCCCCUGCCCCCAUCUGACCCCAAAUCCCCCAGAGAAUUAGCCCUGGACUACAGCCCGUCCUACCCACAGACCAGUACCCUCAGGAUAGACGACAAGGUUAGAAAUCACAGGGAGGGACAGAACAGAGGUAGGGAGCGGUUGGAGGGAGGGAAGGAGAGAGAGGGGAAGCAUAGAAGCACCCAGCAAUUAGAGUGUGGCAGUCCAACGGACCGAAGGGCCUCAGCAGUUCUAAACCAAACACUGGGUUCGAAUACCAACCUCCAUGACCCAGUCCCUGGCCACCCGUACAACCCGGCAGGGCCCUGGCCAAAGACGGCUGUGCUUCGCCGGCACUCCUUCAAACACACAGACACACCGGGGGACCUGACCCAGCGGCCUGACCUGCUCUCCUCACACCAGCAGGCCUGCGGUGACGCCUCCAAGCAGCUGGGCUGCAGUAGGGAGCCCAGGAGCCCGGGUCAGGGGGACAGCGAUGGACUGAUGGUGGAGAGUAACGGCUUGGCGACGGAGAGCGAUGAGUUCACAGAAGACGAUCACAGACUUUACCAGGGAGCAGAGGACGAGGACGAGGACGCCUGCAGUUCUCUGUACCUGAGUGACGAUGGAGCGUCUGACAACAGAGAGGCCUAUCAAACACGCCUGUCCCACUAUCACGCCUCUCGGUCGCUCCACCACGACCCCAAGACCACGUACCAAGACACUCACUUUGACCACCAACGUAACCCUGCCAACCACCACGUCCAGCAUCACUCCCCUUACCACGAGCCCCGACCCAACAGCCCCGAUCCCCAUUCCCACAAAGGAGACUGGGAUAGUGCUUACCCGGAGGAUCACUCUGCCCCCAACCACCAGCACCCCCCUCUGUCCCCCCACAGACAAGAGGAGAGGUGGGUCAGAGUGAACACCUCUACCCUAAACCACCGUAGCCACCCAUCCCCAGGGAUCCAAGGUAAUCUCUGCCCUAGGCGAGGAGCACCGGUCCUGGGUGAGCAACAGCAGGAUGCCAGCCUCUCCCUUGAAGCCCUGGAGGUUCUGGAUGCUCCCGAGACGGCAGACAGCAGCAUCUUUGACUACUGCCAGACCAGCGAGGUGGAGUCGGACGCUGAGACCCUCCAUAAGUCCGCAGACGAGGGCGAAGGUGGUUCGUCUCACUGGGAGUGCAGAGUGGAGGAGGAGGAGGAGGAGGAGGAGGAGGAGGAGGAGGGGGGCUUCGAGACCCUGGUGGGGAGAGGAGGCCCUCAGAGCUCAGGCGCCAGUCUGGGUGUGCCCACUGGAACCGGAGGGGUGAAGAUAAUGAGGGAGAUGGGUGAGAGUCAGAGCAACACAGGAGACAGCGGAAUCGACUCGCCACGGACCCAUAUGAGUCUGGCAGCCAACAACACAGUGAUCCGGGAGGGUCUAAAGAGCAGAGGCUUCCUACAGAACCUGGAGAAACUGCACUCUAAGAGCUCUGCCAUGAGACCACAGAGCUCUCUACUACAGCUCACACCAGUUAUAAACGUAUGAGACCAUAGGUUCCCUAACGCAGCGGUGUGGGAGGGACCAUGAGCUCUCUGAUUCUGCUUUGUAUGUGGGCACAUGCCUUUCCUGGUGCGGUGUACUCUCAGACAUGGGGUUUGCCAGUCUUCCUGGACUUCGUAUUCCACUGCUGUUAAAAACCACAAAGCCCUAGGCUUUCCUCAUUGUAUAGCCUAGUUAUCUAUCCAAUUCUUCAGGAUGAGUGUAGUUACAAGCCAUGGCUGCUCAACUUCAAAUACCAGCAGAGGUCCUUGUGCAAAUGUAUAUUUUAUUUUCCCAUUUCUGUACAUAGCUUUUAUGAACAGGUAUAUAUCUGUUUGGCUAACACAUGGUGAAUUUGCUGGGUUAGGUGUUGAAGAGGUACUCUGACCUUUCUUCUCAAUACACUCCACUUCCAAAGUGACAAAACAUCUUUAUCUUUCCUUGUAGCCACGUGUGACAAAUCUUUAUGUACUGCAAACCAGCUAAAAUGUUUUUUUUAUUAAAGAAAUGUUUCUGAAACAAGACAGUACA